AUGCUUAUUCUGGGGUUUGAAGGGAGUGCAAAUAAGUUGGGAAUUGGAUUGGUUGAUGGAGAUAAGAUCUUAAGCAAUCGGAGACUUACUUAUGUGCCAGCUACGGGGGAAGGCUUUAAAAUCACAGAAGCAGCCAUGCAUCACCAAAAAGGACUAUUUCCGUUGCUGAAAGAAGUACUGGCUGAAACUGGAAAGAAAAUAAGAGAUAUUGAAUGCCUGGCCUAUACAGCCGGCCCAGGAAUUGGUCCUUGUCUGCAGAUAGUGGCCUUGUUUGUAAAGAUCCUAUCGGUCAAGUAUUCUAUUCCGGUCGUUCCGGUUAAUCAUUGUGUCGCUCAUAUUGAAAUGGGCCGAUUUAUUACGGGAGCACAUAACCCUACAAUUCUGUAUGUCAGUGGCGGCAAUACUCAGAUCAUUACGUACAAGAGAGGCAAAUACGUUAUCUUUGGGGAAACACUUGAUAUUGCUAUUGGCAACUGUCUGGAUCGACUGGCUAGAGAGCUAAAAAUUCCGAACUAUCCCUCACCAGGUUAUAAUAUCGAACAGCUGGCCAAAAAGGGUAAAAACCUUAUCAAACUUCCUUAUUCAGUCAAAGGCACCGAUCUUUCCUUUUCGGGUAUGAUGUCAUUCAUCACUAAGUACUUGGAAAAGCAAGAAAUUACUGAUGAACUAGUUGCUGACCUUUGCUACUCCGUCCAAGAAACUGCUUUUGCUAUGCUUAUUGAGGUGACUGAACGAGCCAUGGCCUGUACAGGCUCGAAUGAAGUUCUGGUCGUAGGUGGAGUCGGAUGCAAUCAGCGACUACAAGCUAUGGCUUCGAAAAUGGCCGAGGAAAGAGGCGGCGUGGGUUUUACCGCUGAUGAACGCUACUGCAUUGACAAUGGCCUUAUGAUUGCCCAUACGGCUCAUAAGAUGGUUGAGGCCGGAUACGCUUUUGAAGACAACUCCUGUUCAGUGUCCCAACGCUAUCGCACAGAUACGGUCAAAGUAACCUGGCGAUCUUAG